AUGUCGUCGGAAACUACAAGUCAGAGACCGUCUUCAACCACAGUAGUGAUAGAUUUUGGCGAGGAACCAAGUUCUCCGAAGCCAGAUCCCUCACAUUUCGAUGACAUCGAGCUCGAAGAGACUACACAACCACCUACUUCACCAUCACUGCAAGCCUCGCAGAAGCAACCAAAGCAACUAGAUCCAGAGUCGCGGAGAGGACCACCUCAGAAUCAUGAGUGGGUUACGGGACCAAAACUGGUUUUCAUGAUGGCCGGCAUCACAUUGGUGGCAUUCUUGAUGCUACUCGAUACGUCCAUUAUCUCAACCGUACACUCAUCCAGACUAUUGAUGUCUAUUGCUUCACAGUUUCACUCACUUAAUGACGUGGGUUGGUAUGGUAGUGCAUAUCAGUUGGCAAGUGCAUCACUACAACCCUUAACGGGGCGAUUUUACUCAACAUGCAACACCAAAUGGACCUUUCUUUCAUUCUUCUUCAUUUUCGAAGUCGGCUCCCUCAUUUGCGCGGUUGCAACCUCGUCCAAAAUGUUGAUCGUCGGACGCGCAGUAGCCGGUAUGGGGGGAUCUGGUAUACAGAACGGAGCUUUCACUAUAGUCGCAGGAUCCGUACCGAUGCCUCGAAGACCAGCUCUUAUGGGAUUCCUGAUGGGCAUUUCACAAUUAGGUAUGGUUGCUGGUCCUUUGGUGGGAGGAGCUUUGACCUCGUAUGUCUCCUGGAGAUGGUGUUUCUACAUCAACCUCCCAGUUGGAGGCUUGGUCGCAGUUCUACUGGUCUUUCUCGAUAUUCCAGAACAAAUCCCAAAGCCUAAAGGUUUGAAAAGCGUCACAUCUGUGUUACAGAACCUCGACUUGGUCGGUUUUACCUUAUUCGCCCCCGCUGCUAUUAUGUUUCUUCUGGCACUACAGUAUGGUGGCAGUACCUAUCCUUGGAACUCAGCUAUCAUAAUCGGUCUUUUCUGCGGUGCUGGCGUGAUUUUCAUCAUAUUCAUGAGCUGGGAAUACCGUGUAGGCGACAGAGCCAUGAUUCCUUACUCGAUUUUCACAAUUCGCACCGUAUGGGCAAGCUGCGUUACUUACGGCUUUCUUGCCUCUUUGUUAAUUUGCGGCUCUUACUAUCUACCGCUCUAUUUCCAGGCAAUCAAGAAUGCUAGUCCGAUGAUUAGCGGUGUUGACAUUCUUCCAAGUAUUAUAAGUCAAAUGAUCUCCGCUAUAUUAUCCGGCCAAUUAUUGGGUAGGAUCGGUUAUUAUUUACCGUUGAGCGUUCUCGGCACUUCCCUAGCGGCCAUAGGCAAUGGAUUAAUCUCAACUUUCUCGAUAACCACUGAUACCGGGAGGUGGAUUGGAUAUCAGAUUAUUUUGGGCGUGGGUCGUGGCAUUGGAUUGCAGAUGCCUAUUAUCGCAGUACAGAACACGUUGAAGUUGCAACAGGUACCAAGCGCUAUGGCGAUGAUUAUGUUUUGCCAGUCAUUCUUCUCGGCAACAUUCCUCAGUUUCGCAGAUGUCAUCUUUAACAACAGUCUCCGAACCAUCAUUCCACAAGAGGCGCCAGGUGUCGAUGCUGAAGCAGUAAUACGGGCUGGUGCUACCGCAUUUCGGUCUGUUGUUCCCUCAUCGGAGCUGCAAUCUGUUCUAGUGGCAUAUGCAACGAGUGUUGACCAUGUCUUCUACCUCGCAGUGGGUGCAUCGUGCGCAGCUUUUCUUACUUGCUGGGGCAUGGGCUGGACAGAUAUUCGCAAGAAACAGGGUCCUCCAGGGGCAAGUGGAGGACGCGGAGGCCAAAAACCACCAGCAGUCUCAGAUCGACCCAAGACUGAUGUCUGA